AUGAGUUCUCAAUUUGCAAAUCGCCGAAAGCCCCGCAAAAUUGGUGGCGAUGAUGAGGAAAAUGACGCCGACGAGCAAGACUCUGGCCCUGUUGUCAAACGUCCUCCGACUUCAAAAACGAAGCAAAAGUCGAAGAUGCGCCUUUCCUUCGGCCCCGGCAGUACCUCGAUGGCGGACGAUGACGACCAGGAAAGCGAAGUUGUCAUUCCCAAACGACCUGGGCUCGCGAAACGGGCUAUAGAGAAGAGUGCAUUUCAGCGAUCCUUGACACCGUCAGGCGUAGGUGGUCAGAUCCCCCUCCGGGUAGGGCCUGAGCAGGAUAGGCCGAGUUACAACGACGAAUAUCUAAAAGAGCUCCGAAAUUCGACCCCCUCUACGCCGAAGCCCGCAGCUGAGGAUGAAUCGGAGAAGACAAUUGAUGUGGCUGCCAAGUUUGGUGAGGUCAUGAAGGUUUCAACUCCUGCUGCUAUUCCCAGCGAAGCAGAGAUUAGAGAAAAGAAAGCUCGGAGAGCCCGAUUAGCGAAGGAAGAGGCGGCGCUUUCCACGGAGAAAGAUUUCAUUUCCCUCGAGGAUGAUAUGGAAGAGGACGACUGGGAUCUUCAGGCGCGGCGAGAGGAUACGAGGCUCGUUCGUGACGAUGAAGAUUUCGCAGAAGGAUUUGACGAAUUUGUUGAGGACGGACGUAUAUCCCUUGGGAGGAAAGCAGAGAAAGAGCAAAAACGAAAACAGCGGGAAGAAAUGCGUGAACUUAUUGAUGAUGCUGAAGGUCUGUCGGAUGAAGAUGAUUCGGACUUGGAGGAAAAAGCAGCGUACGACGCCAGUCAGGCACGAGCUGCUAUGGGUGCGAGCAGAGACCCUAUCGACCGUCCGCGCACUCCGCCAAAGAUGACCUCGUUACCCCGUCUGUCGAACUCACUCGAGCGUUUGCGUAUGAACUUGGCAGUCCUAGAGAAAUCAAAGGCUCAGAUGAUCGACCGCAUGGAGGAAUUGAGGAAAGAGAAGGCGGACAUAGCUGUUCGGGAAGUGGAAAUCCAGGCUUUGAUCAAAGAAGCCGGAGAUAAUUACGAGAAGCUUAAGCAGGAGGCUGGGAUCACUCCUGGCUCGGAUGGGAACCUCUCUACGGCCGAUGAGAUGGCGAAUUCGCGAGGCUUGGAGGGUCUUGGAAAUUCGCAUCACCAUCGCUCUUUCCGAGACAACACCAGUUGCUCUUCGUAUCGAAACCGAUCGACUGCGCCAAUUGAAUUUCUUAACUUCAAUAGGCAGCGUAGUGUCAUUGCGUUCAUUGAGUCGCCAAUUGACGAGAAGGAUGGAGAUCUUCCGCAUCUCCGUCAACAAUCCGAGGCAACACCCAUCGAGCUGUUCUUUGACUUGUUCUUCGUCGCGAAUCUCUCCACCUUCACAGCCACACAUGAAAUCAACAACGUAGAAGCUUUGUGGGCCUACAUUGGCUUCCUCGGGAUCAUCUGGUUUACCUGGCUUCAAGUCACACUAUUUGAUAUCCGUUUCGCGCGAGACUCGAUCUUCGAGAGAAUUUGCAAGGCCCUUCAAUUGGCUGCUAUGGUUGGAUUUGCAUCAGCAGGUUCAAGGUUCACCACACGUGUUCAGCCAGAAAAUGUCUGGGCCUUCCAGUCCCUGAGCCUUAUCCUCGGUGGUAGUCGGCUCUUACUCGCCUUGCAAUACACUGUCAAUGCCGUGUUUCUUCGACGGCGUAUGAUACCUGCAGCUCGGGGCGUAUCCAUUAUUGCCGGGAUGCAAUUCGUUUCAAGUUUGACCUACCUCCUGAUGUAUUAUGCCUUCCGUCCCCGUGAGGGAGUCAACCCCUAUAUUUGGACCGUUUGGUUUGUUCUAUUUGGGGUCGAGAUGUGGGUAGUAAUGGGAACCUCAAGCGCCACACCUGGGAUUGGACUUCAAGAUACCCAUCUCAACACAAGAAUGGGCCUCCUAACUCUGAUCAUAAUCGGUGAAGGUGUCAUAUCAGUCACUAGGCUCGUCAACCGGACAGUAGGCCCUGGUGGCUGGACGAAGUGGUCGUUUGUCCAUAUCCUAGGCGUCACAACUAGUGUGUACUUCUUGUGGCAAGCGUACUUCGACCUUUCUCCGAGACGUGUUCUGGGCAAGUACUCUCAGCAAAUAUGGGCCCAGCUACAUUUCCCGUUCCAUGUGGUCCUCAUUCUCCUCCUUGAAGGGUCUCAGAUCCUUGCCUUAAGUCUGGAUAUCACAUUGAAACUCCGGUACCUGGCGGAAACCAUUUUGUGGGCUUGUGAAGACCCACGGCCCAGACCCGACUACGCCAUCCGAAUUCUUCGAGCCACCAUUGCUGAUAUGGAAAUCGACUAUAGCCGAGGGGCCGUAAACGAACAGGUUACAAUCUCCCAGAUCUUGGAUGAUCUCCCCAAUCACCCGCUUUGUCCCUCCCGUCGGACGGGCCAAGUCCCCAUCGCCCGAGACAUGCUCAGUGACCUGGUAGGGAAUGUAACUGCGGCGCUGUUCUCCACCAUGCGGAUCAUGCCUUCGAACCACCCUGAUCCUGGCCGCUUGAGUAGUGAGCAGCUGCUGAGAGGGUAUAUGGCCCUCCUAGAAUUCGUCUAUGUGUACUAUUUUGCCGUGGCGUCACUCUCCAUGAUGUUCUUUGGUGCUUUUGUAUUAUUAGCGCGUCGCCACACGCUCCGCAGAUGUAUGGGCAUCAGCGCAGCGGCCCGCGUAUCUCUUGGUAUGCUCCUUGGAAGCCUAAUGAGUUUCUCUCGUCACUUUCCGCUCGUCUAUUCUUUCAUGACAUCCCCCGCCAUAUUAUAUGCGUUUACUCUUACAUUGUUCAUGGGU